CUUAAUGACAAUAUUUAUAAUCAUAACUUGGAUAACAGAAAUUUUAUUAGUUUAGUGGCUACUGAUGCAAUUAGUUCUACAAUUCAAUUUCCAAUAAAAUGGAUUGCUGUAGAAAAUAAUGAAAUAAUUGGAUUAUCAAGACAAGAACAAAAAUCAGCUCAACAACAACUAAAAGCUAAGCAAAGAUUUGCAAAAGUAUUUGGCUUCGCAAAAGGAAUGAUAAAUAAAGCAAUUGAAGUAGAUUUAGACAGAAAGUUAAUAACAAUGCUUGAAAGUUUUUAUGAAAAUGAAAUCAAACCGAAUUUGGAGUCUAAUAAUGUAACUUACACAGAUUCUAAUGAAUUUAAUGUGGCUAAUAAAACAAAUAUUAUUAAUUCGAAUGAAGGCAAUCACUUAGAAUACACAGACGAAAAUAAAGUAUCUAUUUCUUCAAGUGAGUUUGAUGAGGAACGAAAGAGAAAAGUUUCAGUUGUUGAAAACCCCAUUCUGAAACGUCAAAAGGGACGUCCUCCAAAAGCUCAUAGAGUCUUUA